CUGGAGCUGCACGGAGCAGCAGAGGCAUUCUUCCAAGGUAAUGAUUAAGCUAAGCGGCUGGCAAGGGCAUAGGCAGCAGAGCCGGGAAGGUGAGCCCUAUUCACACCUCAACCAGGUGGUGGUGGCCAAGACUGGUUUGGAAGGCAGGGCCCCAGGGCACGGGGGCCCAGAGCCGACAGCCACAGCCUCCCCCUGCACACGGGCAUCAAGGACCAUCUCAGGCCGGAGUCUCUGCUGCCUGCCCUACUGGGACCCUGCCCUCAACCCUGGCACCAUGAAGCUGCAAAAGUUCUGGACUGGUCUGGAAUACACCUGCCGGCUCCUGGGCAUCACCACCGCUGCAGUGUUGAUCGGCGUGGGCACUGAGACCUUCCUCCAGGGGCAGUUCAAAAGCCUGGCUUUCUAUUUGCUGUUCAUAGGCGCUGCCGUCUCCGUGUGUGAAGGGGCGUACUUUGUGGCUCAGCUGCUGGCCAUCUGCUUCCAGUGUCAACCAGAGUCCCUGGCCUACAGAGCAAGGGAGAAAGCCCGCUGGUUGGGCUGCUUCCAGAAGUUCCUGGCGUACAUGCUGCUGUCUGUGGCCUGCUUUCUCCAUCCCGUCCUGGUCUGGCACGUGACCAUCCCAGGCUCCAUGCUCAUCAUCACUGGCCUGGCCUACUUCCUGCUGAGCAAGCGGAAGAAGAGCAAGGCCUCCCCGGAGGUGCUGGCCUCCCCUGAGCAGUACACGGACCCCUCCAGCAGUGCCGUGAACACCACUGGCUCUGGGGACACCGAGCAAACCUACACCUUCCACGGGGCCUUCAAGGAUGGGCCCAGCUCCCUCUUCGUCCACAUGAAGAGCAUCCUGAAGGGGGCUAAGAAACCCGGUGCCCUCCAGUGCCCAGACACCCUGUUGGGGCUGACCUUGGAGCCCGCUGACUCGCUGGUCAAGAAGAAGCAGGUGCACUUUGAGGACAGUACGGUCAGAAUCAUCCCGUCUCUCACUGAAGACCUGGAUGAUGGGGACAGCGAGCCGGAGGAGACCACCUCUGACACCACCCCUAUCAUCCCUCCCCCACAAGCCCCUAUCUUCCUGUCUUCUCUCGCAGACACCAGCCUGUUCUGAGUUGCUCCUUCCAGCCUGAGGGACACUCAGCAAGGGGUCUGCGGAGAUUGAUGGCCCUGCCUGGAGUUUCCUGAUACCUGAGAGACCCCCAGGAGCUGGGGGUCAUCACAGGUCAGGGCUUCAAGGCGUGACCAGACUUCCCCACAGUAGUUAGGCUUCUGGGACCAUCAAGGGGUGUGGCAGAUCCUGCAGAUCCUUGAGGAAGGCGCAAAUGAAGCUCGCGCUGCCUCAAGCCAGCACAGGUUCCUCCUUCCUGGACACAGAGUGGGGAAAUUCUGGUGCUUUCCCCGAAAGAGACCAUCAGUCCCGCUUCACAUAAGGCUGCUUUGGCACCAGAAGCCAGUGGGCUUCCCUUCUCCAGACACGAGGACCCAGCACUCAGCAAGGACUCAUCAUCCAUCCCAUCUCUGAUGCAACAACCCGGCUCAGAACAACCCCACGGGAGUGUUGGUUAUGAGCAGAUCCAAGGCAGGUGUUGGAGGUAGCCCUAGAUCCCAACCCCCAGGCGAAAUCGCUCCCGAGGUAGAAGGAAGGCAAGGCUGCCAGCCAUCAGGAUGGGAGGAGCGGGAGCCGUGGGCCGCCUUCUCUGUGUGUCCUGGGGCUGGGUGCUGGGCAGCAGGAGAUACAGAGCCCUUCAGGAAACAAUGCCGCUCUGUGCUCCCUGCAGGGAAAGCCGGGUUCAUUCCAGAAGCAUCACUGAGGACUCCUGGCAUCCCCACCACAUGAACUUUCCCAAGAUUCCAAGCAGAUGACAUAAACCAAAAGGUCUUGGAUGGUGACAAGGAUUCAGCGGCGCCAGUCCCUGCACAGCACCCGGUGCCUACAGUGUGUGGGGUGGGGGGCAAGGGGGUACUGGGGAGGCAGUGGUCCCCAGACACCAGUCACAGAGACACUGCCAUGCCAUGCUCAGCAGCCUGGUGGCAGAAUAGGUGAUAAAUAUACAUUUGUUUUCAAUGAAGGGAAGGAAGAGGAAGGAAAGGGGGGCGGAUAGGAGGGAAGUGGGCAGGCAGGUCAGUUUUGGGACACUGGGCGAGGGAAGUGACAGUUAACCUAGCAUGAAGAAAGAAAUUUCAAUCAGAUACCCUUCAAAGAUUUGCAAAAUGGUAUUUGUUUCUAAAAGGUGUCUUUUGGAUCAUGGGAUUGUCACAAGGAAGAGCAGACACAUUAUUCAUAAGCAGUCUCAGUGAACCGGUAAUCUGAAGAAACAGUUAUAUUGUUUCCAUGUGAGUGUGUGUGUGUGUAUGUGUGUGUGUGUGAGCACCAGAGUUCUGCAGAGCAACCCUUAGAGCACAUGCUUUAAGGUCUAGAUAAGAAAGAUGUGUUCACACUUUUCAACAUCUCCUAGUAGUUCCUUCGCAAACGUGGGGGACUAAGGCCAACCAGAUGAUCUUUCUGUUACCUGAACCCAACAGAUUUCCCAAGUGAGCAGCUCUCUUCCCGCAGUAACCCAGUUCUCCUGUAAAACCAAGUGAGAACAAACAAGUAAAUAUGUUCUUGUGAGCCCUCGCGGACGGCUGCCACCAAGAGCUUCAGAAUCUGCCAGCCCACAGUCAGGGGACACUGAAUCACAGAAUGUGGGUAUUAGGAGACAGGAAUGGCACCAAAUUCCUAAUGGGCUAGGUUUCCCAGGCAGGACCCCUGUGCACAGAAGGAGCCCCUGUGGAGAGGAUCCAGGGGUCCUGCACCUGUCACACCCAGAAGGGGAAAGUGAUGGGCACAGACAGCCACACAACACAGGAUUGGCAGGCUUCUGGGGAACCCAACACUUCCGCUCGUUCUCAGAACCCAAGCCAGCCCAGUGGGGACGGAUGACCAGGUCACAAGAAGCAAACGCAGAAUCGUAUUAUCAGAGCUGUUUAAUAAACACUUCUAUAAACCCAAA